AUGCUCCAAGGCAAACAAACUCCCACUAUUCUCCUCUCUUUCUCUUCCUUCCAGCUAACCGACCUUCUCCCCAACCCCGUACCCGUACAUCACCUCGGCCUCUUCCGCGAACCUACCACCCUCCAACCCGUAGAAUACUACAACAACCUCCCCUUCCACCGCUCCACCUCCUCUAACCCCGAUGCAAACGGCACCGCCGCAGAUCUAGCUAUCCUCCUCGACCCUAUCGUCGCUACCGGCGGCACUGCAGCCGCUGCCAUCCAGUCACUCAAAGAAUGGGGCGUGAAGAAGGUAAUUCUACUCAGCAUCCUAGGGACCCGGACCGGUUUGACCAAGGCGGCGAGUGAGUGGCCCGAGGGUGUGGAGGUAUUGGUGGGCGACGUGGAUGAUGAGAUUGAUGCGAAGGAGCUUCGUCGAACAUACCCACGCCACUACGAUCCAGAUGACACCACUGAAUUUCUGCAGUUGAGUGCGACCAGCAGACAAGAGAACACCCUCAUUAGAUAA